AUGCCUCACCCUACGCUUUUGCUGUUUCUGGUAUCCACAUUAAUCUUCGGCACCACACUAGCUUUUACCAGCUCGCAUUGACUCCUUGCCUGGAUUGGACUAGAGAUUAACACCAUCGCUAUUCUACCCCUCUUAGCAAAGCAGUAUCACCCCCGAGCCAUUGAAGCCGCCCUCAAAUAUUUCAUAAUCCAGAUUACAGCUUCUAGCACUUUACUCUUUGCAUGCACCCUUAACGCAUGAUUAACAGGACAGUGGGCCAUCACCCAGGACUUCCUUCCUGUUCCUGGCACCAUUGCUAUUAUCGCCUUAACAUUAAAGAUGGGUCUCGCCCCCCUACAUGCCUGACUACCCGAAGUCUUACAGGGAUUAGAUUUAACCGUUGGAAUAAUUGUGUUAACUUGACAGAAGCUUGCCCCCCUCGCCCUAUUAUACCAGAUGAAUCUAAAUAGCCCUGAACUCUUCACAGCCCUCGCGCUAAUAUCAACAGUUAUGGGUGCCUGGGGAGCCUUAAAUCAAACACAGCUCCGAAAGAUCCUCGCAUACUCUUCAAUUACCCAUCUUGGCUGGAUUAUUCUUAUUUUACAAUAUUCUCCACCGCUUGCCCUUCUAGCUCUCCUUAUUUAUUUUGUCUUAACUAUUCCUGCUUUCCUCAUUCUUGACUGGAAAAAAGCCCUUAGUAUUAACUCACUAGCCGUAUCCUCCACUAAAACCCCAAUUUUAUUGGUAUUAAUUUCCCUAGUCCUCCUAUCCCUCGGUGGACUCCCCCCUCUCACGGGCUUCAUACCCAAACUACUCACCCUACUAGAGUUAGUGAAACAAAAUCUGCCUAUAUUAGCAACUAUUAUUGCACUCACAGCACUCCUGAGCCUAUACUUUUACUUCCGACUCAUGAAUGCUGUGGCCCUCUUUAUAUCCCCUAACAUUUCCGCCAGUGUCGCCCCCUAUGAAUACAACUUCUAUAAAAAUAAACUCCCCCUUAUGAUUGUUUUCACGGCCUCCCUCCUGUUCGCGCCUCUUUGCCCCUCAAUCUGCUCUUACCUGUUUGUUAAUGAUACCCCUGACCUUCCCGAAGUACUUGGUUAUAUGUACCUGAUGGUUAUGGACCCCUAA